UCUAUAAAGUCUAUAGUAUUAUAUAAUUACUGGUAAAUCGUAAAAAUAUUUUUUACACAAAUAGGUGAACUUAUUUCAAACUGUUUAAAAUAAAGUAGGUAUUUAACUUUGCUAUGCUGCAGACUCAUGUCAAUUCAGAAUAUUACGAUUAAAAGUUGUAAACUGAAAAUUAUUUAAUUGGUCCUUACUUCUUAUAAUCGACACUUUAAGAUAUUAAAUAUUAAUGAUGGAAGUCAAUAGAAAAAUGGAUUUUCUACUGCAGUGUUAUGAUGAAAUAAAGAAUACUUUUGAGUUAGUCAAUAAAUAUAAUGACCAAGUUUCUGUUAAAUACAUGAAAAAUGUUAUUAGAUAUGAAAAUGCAUUAAAAGAAAUGGAUAAUCUAAAACAAGAAAAUAAAAAAUUAGAAGACUAUAUUUCAGAAAUUAAAAAUUAUAAUGAAAUGAUUGAGAAAAUUAUACAAGAAAAUGACUGUUUACAAAUGGUUUAUGAAAAAAAUGUUUCUACAAUAUCCAAACUUAAAGAAGAAAUGUUCAACAGUAAUCAAGUACCGUUUGAUAAAUUAUUACCCUUGGAUCUAGAUAAUGACUUUUUGGGGUUUGAUUCAGUUUCAGUAACAGCAUCGAAAUCUGAAAUGCAAAUAGAUCCUCAAUAUGAAUCAUAUGGAAGCCUUUAUCAUAAAAUACAAAACGAUUCUACUGACUUCCAUAACACUGUUACUUUUUUAUUUGAUGCAAUGAAACAGACAAAUUUGACAAUUGAAACAGAAAUAGAUUAUCUUAAGUCAGUUACCAAUCAAACAACUGAAACAGUCGAAGUAAUAAAAAAACUAUUAAAUAGAAUUUUGCGAAAUGACCAAGAUGCCAAACAAGAACUGAUAAAAAAACGAUGUAUUUUGGGACGAAUUAAACUGGAUAGUUCUUGUCAUUUGGCUGUAUUAAAGUUGGAGUUGAAAUCACUGGGAAAUCGUCAAAAAAUUAAAAUACCUACUUACACAUACAAUAAUUAUUCUUCUUGGUAUUUGAAAAAACUUAACGUACAACGUUUAUUUCGUAUAUGGAGCAAUAUGAUCAUCAAGACUGUUAAUAUGUCCAUAGACAAAACUAACAACUAAAUUUUAGAUAUUGUUAUGUCACCAGAUUUAGUUUAGUUGUUAUACAUUUUACUAUACAUAAUUUAUAUACAUUUUAUUAAGUUUGAGAAUUAUAUUCAAUUAUUUAUAGCAGAACGAAUAAAGUUUUCUUUGAUAGGAAAA